UUUCGGUUCUGGACUUCCUGGUUCUUGCCUGUAUAGAACGAUCAACUCACUACAGACCGACAUUUCAUCUCACUCAACUCUCAAGAGAAGAAUCUUGAAAUCUCUCUUUCUACCGAAUUGUCUGGAACAUGAGAACCCUCUUUGAUUUGUCCAAACUGAGAGAGUCCAGGUUUGGUCAGCCACAUCCCAGACAUGGUCUCAACCUGCUGUGGUGGUUUGCCGAUACAUGUGUUCAGAUCGAAGAAAAUCACCCCCUGAUUGCCCGGUGCAACCCUGCAGUUGGAGACUUUGGCUUCCGUUUGUUCCAUAAUGCAGAUCAUCUUCUUCCGUAUUCUGAGUUCCCAUACUAUGAGGUGGGAAACCUGAACAAUGGUUGUUUCCUACCUCAUUAUGUCACUGAGAAUUACACAGGAGAUUUAGAUGACAGCAACACUGAUCGCAUCAUUGUUUCCCUCCAUUUCAGCUGGAAAAGACUCUAUUUUGGUAAUGUUUACGUGACACAGCACUCGGAUCAAGUGCAUUUUGACCAGAAUCGCACCUUCUGCAUCAGCCACAGUCUCAUAAAAGACAUUAAAUUGUUAAACAGGGCAGAAUUCCUCAGACAGACUAAGAACGACCAGAAUACUAAUCUGAAUUUUUACCUGCAGCAUUCCUACAAACACUCUCAGUUUCCAUCAUCAACUCAGUCAAUGUUGAGUACACGCUAUCAGAGCCCAACAACCGAUAUGCAGACCAAUCUGAAUUCACACCGAUCUGCUGCUGAUGAUGAUUGUUGUGCAAAAUGCUGCCGUGCUGUGCUGAUGUGUUUGCUUGUAGCUCUAAGUGCUGCUUUCUUUGUUUUGGCUGCUUUUUAUAAGAUAAACUAG